AUGACCGACAUUAGCACACCUUAUCAUACAACAAAUCCACCACAUAAAGAAAUAAUGGAAGAAAAAACAGAUUCUUCUGAUGUUAGGUCAGUACAGGUUCUGUCAGUAGCAUAUACAGAAAAUGAUCCCACUACCGAGUUCUUCUACCGUCCGAGAACUUUGACAGUACUAACUGCUAUGUUGAUCGGGUUAGUAUAUGUUGCAAUGUAUCCUGAAGCCGACGAUACAGCGACAAAUAUUAAAUU